CGUAGCUUUACACCUUUUUAAAAACAGUCAAUGUGUAGGUUUUUUGCAUCGGUAUCCAGCAGAAAUAAGCUUUAUAACCCUAAAUACCGUGCUAAUCAUGGGUUUUUUCAUCCUAAAACCAUUCCAAAAUCUAUACCGAAUCUGAGUGAUAAGCAAACGGGAGUAAUAAAAUCAAAACGAGAUGUGGAAAACUACUCACAUCAUGUUACCAAGAGCCGUGAUAAACCUGAAGAUUUGGUGCAAACUGUGUCCAUGCUACUUAGGGACAGACCAGGUGCUAGAAUAUGUGUCUAUGCGUCAAGUAGUAAUAUCAGGCAGUGCCUGAACAGUACUGGGAGCUUGCAGAGGUUUCCUGAUAGAAGGGCCGAACAGGCACUUAUGCUCCGCAGGUUCAGGAAACCGCAAUUUGCUAUACUAAUGACGGAUACCGAUCGUGGUAAAAUGCCGUCACCUGAUGUCGUCGUUCACUAUGAUCUCCCUAGGAGUGUUGACGUAUUGCACAAGCGGCAUGGACAUCAAUGCUGCAAUAUAUUUUUCUACUAUAGCCAUGAAAAGGUGUUACUUGCACAUUUGCAAAAUGCAAUGAAGAAUGUACUGCAAAAAUGGGAAAUGCCCUCAAGAACUGUUUUGGCAGAUGCCUUUUUAAGCAACUUUGCCAAUGCUGUCGAUAGUAUGCCAAAGCUCCCGGUUGAUAUACCUUUCAAUAAUGACUAUCGCACAUUGGGAGCCAUGCUUUACUUUGCAUAUCGUAAAAGUAUCCACAAUAAGAAGCACUACCUGUUAUUAGACCCUGGGUUCCAAAGAUUCAAGACCAGGCAUGACGUAGAACAGUAUUUGGCUGACUGCGGAAUUACAAAUUAUAGUGGUAUAUCAUUAACCAAAAAAGGUUUUGUGGUAGAAACUAUGGAACUACUACACCAUCCGAUUAUACAUGGGUCAUCUGGUAUAUCACCGGGGAUCAGACGUAUAAAACAAAGGGUGAAUAAGGGGCUCAUCAGAUCGCAUAAAUAUAGAGAAAUCGCAUUCAAUAAGCUAUCAAGAGAUCAUGAACGUAAAAUGAUUAGGUUGUUCAAGUUCCAGAAUCAACCUGGACAUCACCCAACUCGUUAACCACGAGUUUUCGCAAUGAUUUCGGCUUCAAUUUCAAAAACGCAGCUAA